GAUCCAUACUCAUUCGGUCAUUACUGGCGCGACCAUGUUUCUUUUGUUUCGUCUUCUUGCGUUCAUCUUUUUAAUUCUUAAACCUGCCAACGCGUCUUGUGGUGAGAACCAGCGGACUUACAGCAAUGUGGAGAUGGAUAAUGUGUACGGGUUGUGGUUCGGGGUGGGGUACGCACAGCACAGCCCCGACCUGACCAACCGGCCGAACGUGAUUGGUUGCGUCACACUUUACAUCAGUGACGUCACGUACGAAGACCGUCAGGAUUGGCUGGGCUUGGAUAACCCGUACCGGCGCCGAAACUGGACUAACCCGCAAUGGCUGUCACCCCACAACAACCCGUGGUCAGGAGUACCAAUGUCGGGAUCCUGGCUGGACUACCAAUACGGGAUGCGUCGCAUGAAGCGUAGUCCAGCACACCAGGAGCGCACGAAGCGAGGUGCUUCCAUGGACCGUAUUCCACCUGGUGGUCGCUCGAAGCGUGGGGCGUCAUACUACGGGGACCGACGGCUGCGAGUGGUCUGGGAUGAGGAUGGACAGACGGAGGAGCAGGUCUAUGGGUACUGGUCCGGAGUGCGCGGGCUGUGGAAGCUGGAGCAGUGGCGGCCGGGGGAACGGGAAAUGCUGGACCGGGGCAUGAACAUGUACUACCCCCACGACGAGCCCAAGCGGCCGGAGACGAUCCACGUGCUGAAGUCCACGCCGUACCUGCUGGUGCUGCACCACUGCUCGGAGGGCGGCGGCGGGCGCUCCUUCUCGCUGAUUCUGAAGCGGGAGCCGCGCCGGCUGACUCUCGAUGACCAGUAUGAGUUCCGAAGGUCGUUCUUCAACUACGAGCUGCCGAAUGUGUUCAGGUUUACCACAGUCUGCGCCGGCUGCACGGGGACUGCUUCGAAGCUGCUCAUGCUGCUGGCUGUGGUGUUGUAUUACUGCUUUUAG